ACUAACAUUCCUUUGUAUAUUAAAGGAAACAGUUAUGGUUAAAAAGAAAGAAAACAAUGUGCUUACCUCUGCAGAAAAAAUAGAACGUGAAAAGGGGUUCACACUUGAUUGCAUAGCUGUGGGGACUUUAUCCGGUGACAGUGGUUCAUACAGUCCUAAACACGCUACUGGUAUCCCUCCAUAUAAUGCACAAAAAGAUAAAACUGUGAAACAUUUCUUCAAGAAUCCUUCUGUAAAGAAGACGUUGAAGAAAACUGGGCAGGAUGGCGGCGGUGAAUCUAUGAAUGGCAAACAAUCGGACUAUUUCUUUGAAAAAGGUUCAAUGGGAAAAUACUUACACCUGAGAAAUUCGAAAGGCGCAGGUUACAGUACGGUCGAAGUAGCAGGUCAUGAACUGUUCAUGAGUAAUCCGAAACUAGUAAUCGGAUACAACGGAAAUGGAGGAUAUCGUCGGAAUACACCUGAUUUGAGAAAUAGGCAAUCAGUUUUUCAAGAACGUCGUUGAACAGCGAGUAAAAAGAAGGAAAGAAGAAGAGUAUAUAAAGUAUUCUCUACGAUUGUCAGUCAACUAAUUCUCAGUUUAAAUCAUUUUUUGUUAAAUAAAGGAGUUCCGUGUAAACAAUGACAACAUGAAACCCUCGUCUCCUCGAAACCACUACAAAUUGGAAAGGCUAUGUGAUUCUCCUCAAUUCUCCCUAAAAAAGACAAAUUUUUUUCUUACCUUUUCUCAGAAAAUGUUCAUGGACAGUACCCGAAUUUCCAAAAUUGCUCGUGAUGCAGUAUUUUCUAUUGCAUCACUUGUAAAACUAUGUUCUCCUACAAUUUCGAUUUAAAAAAGUGGAACCUUUGUAUCAACAAAAGAUAUGAAAAUAAUUCUUUUAAGUGUGUACAAAAUUUUGUAAAUUAUUUAUUUUACCAGAUACCAGUGAUUUUUAUAUACGUGUAAAUAUUCUUGAUUUUAAAUAGUUUAUUUAUAAUAGUGAAAGAUUGAAUAAAAUUUUAAUAUUUAGAGCGUUUAGUAAAUAAUUGUGAUUUUCUAUAUUCUUGAUUUUUAUACAAACUAAUUUUUAUGCAUGCGAAUAUAUAAAUUCUCU